AAAAGCAUCCCGUCCCUGAGCCUGAGGUGGAGGAACCGCGAAACAUUUCUCUCUCAUUUUUCUUGUGGGUCACAAAACACAGAAGAGCAGAACAUAAGACAAGCAGUGCAUAUCCGUGUCUGUAUACUGGAGAUUUGUUAAAUAUUUUUAUUAAUCGAUUUAAUUAAAAUAAGACAAGAUCAAAUUAAUUGAAAAUGAAUUCAGAAUCUAACUCUACUACUACUUCAACAUCAGUGUCAACAUCAUCUCCAAGCUCAAGUGGAAAGCGAAGUAGAGAUCCAGAGGAUGAUGUUUAUCUCGACAAUCUUCAUUCUCAGAAGCGUUACCUCAGUGAGAUAAUGGCUUCCAGCUUAAAUGGAUUAUCUGUUGGAGGCUCACUUUCAGAGAAUCUCAUGGAAUCUCCAGCCAGGGAUGAACUUUCCAUGCAGUAUUCACCAAUGUCUGAAGAUUCUGAUGACUCAAGAUUUUGUGAGGCCCAUAUAAUCACUUGCUUAUCCCAAAGUGAUAGCUUGCCCACUAGUCCAGUUUCUCCAUACAGGUACCAAAGGCCACACAGUGGGUUCUCUUCUGCUCCUUCUACCAGUUCAAAUCCUUCACAUAGCUGUACUGUCAGUGGCUCACAGCCACGUCAACGAGGCUCAGAUUCUGAAGGCCGGUUCCCGUCAUCACCUAGUGAUAUAUGCCACUCAGCUGACUUGAGGAGAGCUGCACUCUUGAGAUCUGUGCAGAUGAGAACAUUGCCUCCUGGCACGCCGUCUUUUGAACAGGAACCAUGCUCAUAUAUCAAGUCUCUAGUUGAUGAGAGGGAGUAUCAGAUUGAGGAGUGUUCUUCUCUGCGUAUGUCAGAGCCUGGAUUUAGUCAGGAGAAGUCAUGUAGAAUGUUGAACAUGAACAUCAAAGGGGAUGAGUCGCAGGGUUAAUUGCUUCAGGAAGCAUCUUCUUGCCGGUGCUGACUCUGAUUUUGUGAGCUUUUGUAUUUUUUUUUUGGAGCAGUUGUACGGCAGGGUGCAAUGAUUUUCCUUUUGUUUUUUUGUUUUUUUUGGGUUCUUGCAACCUAGAUGCAGCUUUCAUACUUGUUUCUCUAUUGCUUAAAAUAUGCAGAAGGCUAUAAACUGGCGACACACUUAUUCACCUCAGUAGCUUGUUGAUGUUGAGCUUCCACCCUGACCAAUUUUCAUAUCUUUUAUGUUAUAGAUGGAUAACAUAUAUUUUCGACAUUUGCUUUAAUGACAUUUUUUCCCUGUA